UUACAUUUUUAAAGAUAUUUUUACUGUAUUGCAAUCUUCACUUUGCUUUAAAGUUUGAUUUUUUGAAAAAUUGCUUACUCUUAGGUUUAAAGCUUUAAUGUUUAUACUGUAAAUAGGUGAAAUGGAAAUCCCCGUUUAAACCAGUAUGACUUAAAAUAUACAGAUUUAGUACGUGAAGAUUAAAGAACUAUCUGAACACAUGAAAUAUUUUAAUAUCAAGAUAUUAGUCAACAGUGACAUAAACUUGGAGUGUUAAUAUAGAUGGAUGUAAACAAUUAAAAAAAAUCAUUAAAUUAAAUCAAACAUAACUGACCAUCCUUGACAUUCUCAACAUCAGAUUUUAAGAUAUUAGAUGAUAUAAACACGUAUGAAAGAUAGCAAAGUUAACGAAGAAGCCAAUUGUUAUAUGUCAUAAAACGUAUCAUAGUGAUACAACAAAAUGAGCCGAAAACCGGCAACCAAAAGGAAAAGAUACGAAAGUACGAGAUCUGAAGCAUCAGGAAUUUCUGCAUUGUCCAAUCUAACUCAGUCAGCAGACGAUUUAAACGAUACAUUUGAAGCUUGUUCUCCAACUCCGAGAUGUAACUGCAAUAAUGUUACCAAAGCGGGCUCGCGUACUGACCUCAUUAAUGUUGUGCAACCGCAAAUUUUCUGUGAUGCAAACAGAGGUGUAACUGAAAGACGUGUGUCUUUUGGUUUAAGUGAUGAUGAAGAAGAAACAUGUAUCAAAGAAAUCAACAGCCAAUCAAAUUUUAUGAAUGGUAAUAGGUCAAAUGAAAACUUUCAAUUCCAACACCAGCGGCAAUGUGUGGACGUUUAUGCCCAAGCGCAAAUCGUUCCACAAUCAUUUGGAACUCCAUCAAACUGUCAAAGUACAAAUUGUGUAUCUAAAGUGCCUAAUCAGCGCCAUGAUACCCUGGAAAAAGAGUUGGAAAUCUUACGAAGAAAACAUGCGGAACAACAAAAAAAAAUUGCUUUUCUGUUAGAAAAAGAUAAGAGAAGAGAAAGGUUUUUGCACAAACAAGGGUGUUCUGCCAGUGUGACGUCAUUACAAGCCUCUGCUAUGGGGAGAGGCCAAGAAAACAAUCUGCAAGAAUUUGCUCAUCGCAGAUUACCAGCAAACAUUGAAGAUGAAGUUAUCAUGAGACACCAACAUGAACGUACCUUUAUUUUUCCAAACAGAAAUCAAUUUGGUGUGUCACAAAGACGUAGUAGGUCUUGCGACUUUCUUUUGGAUCGCGAGGAAAGAGAACAGUUCCCUGUAUCUUCGCCGGAAGAAAGCCCAGUUCCGGUUGAGAGUGAGAGCUCGGGCUAUGAAAAAGGUGCACGGUACAUAUCUGAUACGGAUACGGAGCUUGACAGCAGUAACAACGAAGAAGAUCAGUUACAAAAAGCUAAAUGGUUCAACUUCCGUCGCGGCUUUGCAUUACUCCUCUUGCUAAAUGCAAUUAUUGUUACUUUAAACAUAGUCGGAAUACCUCUGUUUUCUUCUGUAUUGAAAGACCAGCCUGAAGAGAUUAUCUGCAUAGAUUGUAGCUCUAUAAACCAGAAUUAUGUUACUAAGUUCCGGAAAUUAGACGAGAAAUGUUGCCUUGACUCUGCUAGUGAGAUGUUGGACCUCUUCCUAAAUGUCACUGACGAAAUGUCUAAACGUCCAUUACCGCCACAAGCGCAGAGAAGUGUUGAAGAAUUGCCUAUGAUACAGUAUAAGGCACGGAAAAUGUCUAAAAUAGGAAAUGUUUCAAGGAUAACUUGGCAAAAGGACAAGCAGAAUCCAGUACAGAAAGGGUUUAGCCGAUUGAACUAUACUGACCCAAACGACCAAGGCACAAUAAUACGUGUACCUCAACCUGGGAUUUACUUUAUUUACAGUAACAUUCAGUUUGUUAAAAAUAACAGAGAGGGCGUGCAACAUGAAACGUUCGGACAUUCUAUAGUAAAGCUCGGAGGCGAAGUGAUGGAAUCGGCAACAGAAACGUGCUUCCCUAGUAAGAAUGAAAUAAGACAUAAUUCCCAUCUAAGCUUUAUGCAUGAAUUUGAUAAAAAUGAAAGCCUAUAUGUUAAACUACACAGUACGGACCAUUUUAACGCUGAUGGAACUAAGUUUGGAAUGUUUUUCGUCAAAAGAAAUCCUUAAGUUGGUAGUGAUUAAUUUUGAUGAUCUUUCUGUAAUACUAACCCUAAUGAGAUGAAUAAUGACGUCGCAGUGACAAAAAUAUGCUCAAAAUAGGUAUCCAAAAACUGCCGAAUGGCCCCUGGUUAUCCAACAUUAGCCGAUGUUAAACGAUCUUUAGGGUGCAUAAAACAGCAGACGAUACUAUGUAUAUAUUAUUUCAUAUUAACAUUGUAAUAAAACUGUUAUUACAACUAUA